AAUGAUUCUUGAGCUCUGCAUAUUGGCUUUCUAUGCUACUUAUGGAUUCUGGGGAAGAAGCCUUGAAUAUCUACGUAGGAGUAAAGAAAUAUAUGGAAAGGUGAAUUACAAUAAGGAGGAUUGCCUUUUCCGAAAACGUAUCGAAGAGUAUUGUCUUAUGAACAAAUAUAAUGGGAAUGAUCGAAUUAGUAGACUGCCUGAUGACAUUCUAUACUCAAUUAUCUCAUUAUUGGAAGUAAGAGAUGUUGUUAAGGCAAGUGUGUUGUCAAGAAGAUGGAGAUAUAUCUGUGCUUCGUUGUCUAACACUAACAUUGAGUUUGACUUGUGUAAAAUGUUCGGGAGAUCUAACAAUUGUAACGACGUUGGGGCCCGUCUUGGACUGCCUGGCUCAUACAAUAAAAACAUCACUAAGGAAUGGCUAACCCUCAAUGCUCGUAGGCAUAUUGAACCACACCUUUGCCCAAUUGUUAAGCACAAAUUUGCACAAACAGUGCAUCAGUUUAUAAAGCUCUACUUGGCUCCACAGAUACGUUCUUUCAAGGUUGCUUUUUGCUUUGAAAGAAAGUUUACUAAUGCAGUCAACCGUUGGAUCAGUUUUGCAAUAAGAAUGGGUGUUGAAAGGCUCGAUCUCAACUUUGUAUGCUCUUUUCACACUAAGUACCGCAACAUGUACGAUGGCCUUUAUACAUUGUCUUGUCAACUUCUUUCUGAGGCUUCCAAUCUGAAGCAUUUGCGGGUAUACUCGUGCAUGUUGAAACCAGAUAUCUGCUGUCGGUUCAACACCCUCCUUACCCUUGAUCUAAAUUAUGUACCAUUAACUCAAGGUGAUUUGGAGAAUCUCCUUGUUGUCUGUUUGAAGCUAGAGACGUUGAUGGUGAAACAAUGCAACCUUCCUGUUAAAUUUUGCAUAUUUGGGCCCCCCAGCUUGCAAAAGGUGGUGGUGAAUUGUUGUCGUGGCUUGAAGGAGAUUGAGCUUUCUGCUAUUAAUCUCAGCACCUUUGAACUCACUGAUUUUGGCACGAUAAAAAUCUCGUUUUCCAAUGUGCCAAAGCUGAACAAAGUGUUUCUUUGGCUAGGACGCAGAGAUUGGAUUCUGUACAUGUUCAAAAAAUUUGCUAAAGAUCUUCCUCAGCUGACUACUCUUUUAAUUAAAACUGAAGGGGUGAAACAUAUACCCGCAAGCCCAAUCAAGCUCAGUAAUGUCAUGCAAUUGGAGUUGUUAACAUAUUUUGACACUGGGAAUGAUCUUGUAAAAAUUAUGGCUCGUCUUCUGCAUGCCUUUCCCCUGUUGCGGAAACUCACUGUACAGAUUGCACAAUCGCUGCAUUACGAGCAGAAAAGUGUGGAGGAGAUUGGUCAAUGUGUCCAUACUCAUUUGAAAGAAGUUGAACUCAGUGGAUUUUCUGGCGCCUGGAGUCACAUGGACUGUGCCAUAUAUUUGUUGAGAAAUGCUGUUGCACUCAAUCAGAUGGUUAUUGACCCAUGGUACUAUACUGGACUCGAUUUGAGUCUUGGCCCAUACAGACAUAGAUGGUCUGGAGGGGCAUGGAAGAAUAUUUAUUAUCAGCUGCUAGGAAAUUAUUACUCCAAUGCAAACGUGGUUGUCCGAUACAAUCAACCCGACCCAACCCGACGCUUGUGAUGAAGAGUAAUGUUUAGUUAGUAGAUAUUAUUUAUUUAUUGCUCAGCAAAGUAGAGUAUAAUAUUUAUUUUAAGUUUCUACUUGUACAAUACAAUAUCUCUCUAUCAUUUAGCUUCCGGUUUUAUUGAGCUGAAAUUAAUU